UAACCACUGAGAAGUUGGGAAAAAAAAAAUAAAAGUAUGAUAAUUCGCAACAGGAAGACAGCGAGACGCAAAUAAUAAUUUCGUGCGCGACAAGUGCGCGACGACGAGUAAACACGAUAGCAUCCAGACCUGCAGCGUCGUAACAUAGGAGUCUGGGCACUAGAAAGCUUCAAAAUGGCGGCCGAGAUCUCCCCAAAGGAGUUGAAAGACUUCACGAAUUAUUAAACACAAUCACGCCCGGGCGAUUUUAAUUACACUGAAAAUUAUCACUGAAAAAUGGAUCUGCUCGGUUCAAUUCUUAGCAGCAUGGAUGCACCACCAUCAACAGAAAACAAAAAGGCGAAAGAGGAAAAAGCGAAGCUAAAGAAACUCCAAUUGGAGGAAAAGAAGAAGAAUGCAGAAUUUCGUACAAAGACUGAGAAAGAAGUCACUGAAUUCAUUAAAGAUUUAAAAGAAACAAGACUGAAGUUUCCGCCAAUGUCAAGAGUACAAAGAAGUAUUGUACAUGAUGUGGCAGAAAUUGCUGGUCUUACCACAUUCUCUUUUGGUGAAGAUGAAGUUGACAGAUACGUGAUGCUGUUUAAAAAGGUAUGAUUUUGAGAGUUACCGGUAAGCCAAAAUUUGUUCAGCUUCAGACAUUUCUAGGAAUUUGAUCCUGGAAGUCUUGGAAAGACUAAGGAAGAAAACAAGGAUAAUGAAGAUGAAUCCAGUGUGAACAGACCGCACAGUUCUUCAAAGCUGUCUAAACAGCCUCCGCCCACAUAUUACAAAGACAAGUAUCGGCACUUACUGGGUUCAGACAGUGGAAAGGACGCUGCUAAAGCCACAAAGAGUAACUCGGCUUACGGUUAUGUUCCGAGUGAAAACAAGAGAGACGUUCGAUCGAUAGAGGAGACUCUAAAUGAUAUUCGCAAGAGGAAGAAGUUUCGACCCGAUGACCUUGAUGACGAAAAUGAAGAAGAUUAGACAUGAUCAAGAACAAUUCCCAUUUUAAUUUGCUCCAUCACUGGGAGUUUUUAGGAGUUGUCUUGCACUGGAAACUGCCCAGUACUUGUGGUAUUGUGCAAUGGACCACACGCUUUACACAAGCUGGUGCAUUGCAAUUUGUUCAGAAUCCGUUAAAACGUAACGACUACAGGUGAAUCCAACAAAGUGGAUUAGAAGAGUUCUAGUCCAGUUUUGGUCGACUCCAAUAUUGUCCUUUCUGUCUUAGCUCGUUUUUGAUAUGUUUUGUAUAGUUUAGUUUGAGAGAAGCAACCUCGAUCCCAGGCUCUCUCCUUUGCCUCCCUCGUCGGAGGUAAAGUAGAGAGAUCCUGGGAUCAAGGUUGUGAAGGAAGUUGGUUUCAUUUAGUUUUCUGAUUUCCAAUAUAGAAAUAGAAAACAUGUACCGUGUUUCUAUCGAGUUUUCGUAGAAUUCUACUAGUAUACUAAUGCAAAUGCUGUAAUCUGAAUGGCUGAGCUACUCGUAUACUACCAGCCAUUAGAGUGUAGUAGCGGUCGGUCUUCCACGAAAUGCGACGUUUUUAUCAUUUUCCCGAAGUUUUGGAAGAAAGUUUAGAUGUAAAUAGAUAAUUUAAUUGCUGAGAAGACUGAAAGAAGGAAAUUAACGGUUUCUUGACUUUACAAACUUGAAAAUAUUGAAAAAUCGGGUGCACGCGCGUAAACAACUGCAAAUUUA